AGGUCACUUACGAAAGGCAGAACACAUGCUAGGGAGUCACCGGAGAGUCCGAAAACAGCCCGAGGGAGCGAAAAUGAGGGAGAAAAGCGGCCAGAGCGAGCGAGAGUGAUCGAAGGAAGUGGGUUGGGCUUGAGAGAGAAGAGUGGCCUUGUGGACCCGUAAUAAGCAAGUUUUAAGCUCGCUAUUUUCCCCUCCCCAAAGGGAUGUUGUGGCGAGCUGGCUAGGGACACUGACACUCUGUUGCCUCGUGUGUUGACUCUCGGCGGCGCAUCUGUGUGUGUGUUGUCAGUGUGUGAUGUAGGCUGAAGGUGGUGGGCUGGUGGCGGUGGUGGAGGCCAAGGAUGGUGGCGCCAAUCCACUCCUGGAUGUGGGGGAGGCUGGUACUCCUUCUCCCCGUCGUUAUAUGUACAGUACUAACCGAAGGGUGCAUCAUACCAAAGGAGUUCCCUCAUUCUAUCAGUGCUGAUAUGAACGAAUCGGGCAGCCAGAUGUGCUACACAUGCUAUCAGGCUCCAACAGCAGAUGGGUUUAAAGUGAACCUUAACAAACUUAGGCUUAAUGGCAUAGGCUCGGUAAUGGUUUAUUUAGACAGCAAGCAAAAGCUCAUUGAAGAAGAUUGUGGAGGUUGUGAUGCCUUUGGCAAUCUUGAAGGCACAGACGAGGGAGAGGCCAGUGAAACCGAAUGCCACGAAUGUGUUACCUUGCCUAGUGGAUCCAUGUUUGAAUUGUAUGUGAGGCUCAGUCCCCAGUACCAGGGAUUGACUGAGGGGGAGAGUGUGUGCCAAAAUAUUCCAAACCUUAACAUUAGUCUUACCAUUGACAGCAAAUUGCCAGACCUUGAAGCUCCCUCUGAUUGUGAGGAUGGCUUUUGGGUCAGCUUCCCACUCUCUGGGGAUACCUGUGCUGUAGGCUCCACAUCUCUGGACAGAGAGACCCUCUGCAUUGUUGCAAGUUGCACUGACAGCAUCAUGUCCCCAGACACAUCAAAUGAGAAAAUAGAACACAAAUUCCAACCAGAAUCUCCAACAGAGACCUGUAUAUGGGAGCUGAAUACAGAGCAGCGCAAGCACAUGACCCUAAGAUUCUCGCAGAACGUUCGGCCCCACAUCACAGUGUACGAAGAGUCGCUGCUCAACCCGAAGUGGGACGUGGAAUGGUGUCCGACCUUUGGGAACGAGUACAGUCUGCAAACUGAAGCAGACACUGUAUUCGUAGUCUACCACAACACACAGAAGCUUGCCAAGAAGGGAUCACUGUCCAUUACAACGCAAGUAGAUCUGUGUCUCCUCCCACCAGCUGUGAAAAAUGGAAGUGUUAAUUUUAAACGUCAAGAGUCUGGCACAGUUGCCUUGUAUUCCUGUGACAAAGGAUUUAGCCUGCUGGGCCCGUCAGAGAUCCGGUGUAAAAAUCGUUCAUGGGAAGAACCACCUGUUUGCAUUUCCCAUCACAAGGAUAAACUGAUGUCUGAUGCCCCAAUGGGAUCAAUAGAAAUUUCGGACAGUGUGAAUGGCAGUAGUUUGACCUCAGAGAAUGGCACAUUCCUGAUAUCUGCUCCCGACAGUGAACCACAUGGAAAGAUGCCUGGAGUUUCAUUCCCUGAACAAGACCUCGAGAAUGACGAAGAGAAGGAAACUGAUGCCAAAGAUCUUUACGAGGACUAUGACACAGAUGCGCACCAUGAGAUGUUGACAAACCAUUCUCGGGGGGAGGUGGAUGAGUAUGAGAUGGAACUAACCAACUUGCCACCGGUGAUAAACUCAACAGAAGCUCAAGAAGACGAAGAUGAUAACCAGCUCGGCAUUUUUACAGGCUUACUUGACAUCUCCCUAGAAGAUGACUUAACCAUGUAUAUCAUCAUUGGAGCAGCAGGCCUACUUCUCCUCAUUAUCAUUAUCAUCACAUCCAUCGUUGUUUACCGCAAAAGAUACCCCGUUCGCCUGGGGUUAGGGCGCAAAUUCGACACUUUCCAGAACCCCAUAUACGAGAAAACUGUAGUGAGGAUGCCCAUGCAGGUAGAAGAAACAGAGGUAGGGAGGAAGAAGAGUGAUGCGGAGGAAAUGAGUGAUUGCACAGUGUUAGAAUGAGUUUGACUUGUAUUUCACAUGAAGUCGCAGAAUGGGUUUGUGCUUUUAAAGUUGAACGGUAUAAUGUGAUUGAUAGUCUAGUCUGGAUGAAGAGUUUGAUUUUUUAUCAUUUUAUAGUAUUUUCAAAUUGAAAGUAUCACAGUAUUUGCUUUGGAAAGUGAAAGUACAGGUAUGGCUUAUAAAGCAUCAAGAGAAAUGGAUUUUAUUGAAGGAAAGGUGAUUCUGCUGUAUUAGCUAGUAUUAAGACAUUCCUCUUGGCCUGCAAGAAAAAAAAAGAAAAAAGAAAAAAAACGAAAAGAGUGCAGGAAAGUGUCUUAUGGGUCCAAUUUAAGUGAUACAUGCAAUUCUUGUCAUGUCGUUGGUGAUCUCACACUCCCAGGAUUUUUCUAAUGAUAAUCAAUGAUGUAUUUAGAAUUACAAUCCACUUUGUUGUGAAUGGGGAAAAAAAAAAUGUGCACCUGAUAAGGAUAAUCAAAUGAUACACGUUGACAAGAAUUGCAUAUGGGCAUUUUAUAUUAUGUGCAACAUGAAAGUGUAUUAUUAAUUUUUAGGAACAUUUUAUUUUUUGAUACCUGGAUUGACCCAAAUCUGUUUUGUUACGAUUCUUGUGUCCCAAGAUAAUAAUCCUCGUCAGGGAGAUAUUGACGUCAGAAUUAGUCUGAUAAUGUAUGCAUGGUUAACGUUUGUGUACCAGUAUGGAUGAUUUACAAUAUCUGCUCCUUAUAGCUGUUAUUAUCACUGUUCAUUGGAAGUGAUAUAGGGAAAAGGGAUAUGGAGUAAUCCAGAUGUAUUCAGACAGAUAUAUUUGAAGUUAUUAUUUUUAAACUCCUGAUCAAAGUGCUGACUUGCUUCCAUUGGAUGAUGAUAGCCCUUGGAGUAAGUAAGUUUGGAUUAUUUCAGGAAUUAGUUAUUACUUUAGGUACAUCAACUACCAAUUUUACCACCACUUUUGUAGGCGUGAGUUCUAAGAAUAGACCUAAGAAUAGACAGAUUACUGAUCUACACAGUGCAUAACCUGUGUUUAAUUAAAGUAUCAUAAGUCCUGUUCUGGUGUCCUGGCACAGGUUGCAGCUAAAUACUAGAAGUCAGUAUUUAUUUAAUCUCAACACUAUGUAUUGCUUACAUAUCUCUACAUUGUGCUAAAAGUUUAAAAGUCCAGAUGUAAGAUGGGCUGUUGUCUUCACUCACCCUUUGAUCACCGGUGCUCUACUAGAGUAAGGUUUUUUUGUUUGAAAUCUCAGUUAGUUUUAGGAACCUAUCUAUUUUUUAUAAGAUGUUGCAUGGUGCUUUAAGUUUAUUAAGCUCAGUUUUAUUUCAGAGCUGUAGAUGGCUGAGAACAAGCUUUGUUUUACAUGUUUUUAUUCUAUAUGUUUAUGACCAAAUAGUGAAUGUGACCAGUGCUGCUAUUCCCUUGGAUUCUCAAGCUAAAUAUCUACAGCUACAGCUUUGAUGUUUAUUUCUUUUAUGUUGGGAAUUUUUUGUCUUCAUUUUACGCUUCUGGUUCUCGAGGAAAACUUCGCAUUUAUCAAAGAUUUUCCAAGUACAAAUGAAGACAAGUUAUUUGCAUUUUUCAAAAAAAGAAAAGCCGAAGAAUCCAAUAUUACAAUAUUAUGAAUGCAAGUUAUUUUCAUAGAGUAAGUUUAGCAAAAAAGGGAUAAGAAAAUUCAAGCUUUGAUUUUCUUGUAAAUGGAAAGUCACGUAACAUUCUGUUUUGUGCCAAAGUUCUGUAAAUACACUAGUUUUGUCAAUACCUCAGAAUGUUGGGAUAUUUUUUGUUGUACCUGAUUCUAUGGGUAUUUGACCAAGCACAAAUUGUAUUUUAUGUAUGAAAUGCAGUGCAUCCUUACAGUAAGGAGUCGGGUGGGAUUGGUGUAGUUAGUCCUUUGUGAAGCAUUGAAGAGCACAAUAUGUUGACUUCCUGCAUCGUUGAUGGUUGAGAUAAUCAUUGCCAUGGGAAAUCACUUUUCACUUUCACAGUUUAUAAUGUAACUGACCUGGUUACAUGAUUGCAGCAAAUAUUGAAAAAUGGCAGCUUUAUGUGGUGAUUAUAACUUUUCUUUAUUCUUUUUUUUUGUGAUAUUUUUUUUUUCUUUCUUAUUCCUGUAAUUCAUUCUUUCUUUCAUUCUUUUUUACUUCAAGGUUCUUUACAGGAAGGAAGCACUGCAUAAAUAAAAGCAAAACUAUAGUGUUGGUUAGAUUGCAAAAGAGUAAACCCAAGAGCUGCUAAUCAUGCAAGUAUUAUAUCAUGUACACUGUUUCUGAAAAUUCAUGUAUUGCUGAUAUCUGUUAACCACAGGUAUGUAUUCUUUUGUAAUGCCUCCAUUUCCAUACAGUAGUUGCAACUGCCACUCUCCCCUUUUUUAUUAUGUACAUUAACAGCUGCAAUGUGUAUGAACCCACACUUAUUUCUAGUCAAAUAACAAACCAUGUGUGCUAAUUCUUGGUUCUCUAAACUGUAGCUUACAAUUUGCCCUCGCUUGCAUAUGUGCAGAUCCUUGGGGAGGCGUCGUACAUUGGCGGGUAAUUUUCUCCAGGAUCUGUAGCGUGUUGCUGCCGAGAUUCAUCCAGGGCAAUUCUGACUUAUGCAAAAUUCUUUAUUUUUGCAGUACAGAUAUAAACCCAUGUUAAAAUUGUCUCGUGCCCUGGAUCUACCUCUCCCAUAGACAUCGCUUGCUGAUGAUAUAUCCUGAUGUAGCUUUUUCGUCUGCAAUACUGUACUUUAUUUUUCAUCUUUGUCUUCUAAAUUGGAAAAGUCCGUACAGACUAGAACUAUAGUAAAGUUAUGAUUCAUCCAAUUUCCAAGUUUUUUGUUUUUUCAGUAUACUGCUCAGAUUAUUGUGAUGCAAUAAUACUCAUUGUGGCUCAAGUUAGUAGUGAAUUCAGUAUUGUAGAAUAAUCCUUAUUUCCCAGCUUUCUACAGUUGUUGAAAUAGUAGAUAACUAAAUAUUCUGAAUGUGGGCUUGUGUCUUGCACUGUAAAUUAUUUAGCCUGCAAAAAAGAAGACAGAUUUCCAAGAGCUGAAAAAAUGUGGGUAUACCAACCAGAAUAUCAAAAUGUAUUAAUCAGUAGUAUUUGCACUUUAAAGAGCAUUAGAUCUGAAGUAAAAUAUUCAAUAAUAGUCUUUGGUUUUGUUUUGGUUUGGAUGAAGUAAUGUUUGGUACAUAAAAAUACACAUCAGAAUAUAUGCUCAAUGUCAGAGGUGGCUGGUGGAUUUUGACAGAUAAUUUUUCAGUACAGUAGCAUUAAAUGUUGGAAAGUAAUGGGCAGGUUAUUAAAAGCUACCAGGUAUUAAAGAAUGAAAUUUUUGUUUAAGAAAGUGAUAUAUGAUCUUUUUUUAGCACUGUGCUUAAAAAAAGAAAGGUUUUUCCAUGUGUCUUUGGUAAUGAAGACACCUCCGUUUAGGAAAAGGGUCUUCACUUCAGGUGAAAUAAUAUUGAAAUAUUCUCAAUAAGAAAUUUCUAAUAUAUAGCCAUACCAGUCUUAAGAAGUAAGUAAUACUCAUCAAAAACAUUUGCCAGCUUAUAGGUAUUACAUCCUGUGAAGUUAGCAGUAAGUUUGCAUUACUGUAUGACUCUUUGUCCACAAAAUUUGUAAUGGCCAGAUUUUGAGAUUGGACUGAGAUUCAUUCCAAGAAUAUACAAAUAGCUAUUUUAUUAAUGGAAGCAAAUUUCUUAAGGUGAAAUGUGGCUACUUGGCAUUGGUUAGAAAUGGCAAAAUCCGGUGUUAGGAUUAUCAUCGAAUUGAUAGUAAGUCUAUGGAUGCCAUUUUAUCUUAUAGCUAAGCAAUUGUAAUUUGUAUAAGUUUAAAAGAGAAAAUUCAUUAGCCGUUGUAAUUUUUAACAACUAGAAAUCACAAGCAUUUCAUUAUCAUAUGCUAGUUUAGGUUUUUAUCAUGUAACAAAAAAAAAAAAAAGAAAAUUAAAAAUGCAUUGUCUUUCAUUGUGAAAGUGACUUUUCUGUCCUGUUGUCAUGAAGCAGGUGGUGUUGGUGAAGUAAUGUGGUCCCUCAUUAUAAUGCAACAAUAAUCAAUUGCUUGUAAUCUUCCUAUUUUCUAUACUGUAUGGAAGCUUUCAUUAGUAAAUGUUGAUAAGUUUG